AUGUCUACAACAUCAUCAGUAGGUCGUACGUCUCACGACGAUAAAAGUAUGGUAACAUCUGACUCACCAGCCGCUUUCCCAGGUGAUGAAGAGGCUUCUAGUAUCGAAUUGAAGCAAAAUGUUUUACAAAGAACAGCAACAAUGGGCUCCAUGGUGGAAGAUGACGUCGAGGCCACCAGAACUUUGUCCCGUUUAAUGACAAACUCUAUGGCUGAUCGUGAAAAGGAUGCUCUCUUGGCAGUUGAUUAUUCGAACAGUCUACCAAUGGGUGGAGAGAGACCAUAUCCUCCAGGAUUGCCAGAUAAGGCACAAUUCGAAGUGACAUUCGACGGUCCUAAUGAUCCAUUGCAUCCUUUCAACUGGCCAAUGAAAAAAAAAGUUAUUACUUGUGUCAUUUUAUGUUUGAACUGUAUCUGUAUCAGUAUGGGGUCUUCCAUCUUUGCCUCUGCAGUACCUCAAAUCUGUGAGAUCUACGGGGUCAUUCAAGUCGUCGCUAUCCUUGGUGUCACCUUAUACGUUCUUGGGUUUGCCAUUUCACCAAUUGUUUAUGCUCCAUUAUCAGAAAUCUACGGGAGAAGAGGUGUCCUCGUAAUCUCAUCAUUUGGUUUCUGUCUUUUUCAAUUCGCUGUCGCUACCGCGGAAAAUUUACAAACAAUUAUGAUAUGUAGAUUUUUUGGUGGUUUAAUGGGUGCGGCACCAUUUGCUGUUGUCCCAGCUGCCAUGGCAGACAUGUUUGAUACAAACACAAGAGGUAAGGCUAUCUGUUUAUUUACAAUUGGUGUUUUUGUAGCACCCGUCGUGUCUCCGGUCAUGGGUAGUUACAUGGCUCAAAGAACUACUUGGAGAUGGUUAGAAUAUGUCAUUGGUAUUUUUGCCGGUGUUUUAACAGCUGCGGUAGUGGUAUUCUUUCAAGAAACACAUCAUCCAUCUAUUUUAGUUGCUAAGGCUAAGCAAAUGAGAAAGGAAACUAAUAAUUGGGGGAUUCAUGCUGCUCAUGAGAAUGUAGAAUUAUCCAUUAAGGAAAUUGCUGAAAAAACCAUCACAAGACCAAUUAUUAUGUUGUUUACUGAGCCUAUCUUAUUGUUCGUCACCAUUUACAACUCUUUUGUCUAUGGUAUCCUAUAUUUACUAUUGGAAGCAUACCCAAUUAUCUUCGUUCAAGGUUAUGGAUUUACUGAAAAUGGUGAAUUACCAUACAUUGCCUUAAUCAUUGGUAUGUUAGUAUGUGCUAUCUUCAUUUGGUACAUGGAUAGUGAUUAUUUGAGAAGAUUCAGAAAGGCUGGUACUUUAGUCCCAGAGGCAAGAUUAUACCCAAUGAUUGUAGCAGGUAUCGUUUUCCCCAUCGGUAUCUUAUGGUUCUGCUGGACAGGUUAUUAUCCAGAAAAGAUUCAUUUCAUGGUCCCAACUGUUGGUGGGGCCUUUGUCGGAUUUGGUUUAAUGGGUAUUUUCUUACCAUGUUUGAAUUAUAUCAUUGAAUCUUAUUUACCAUUAGCAGCCUCUGCAGUGGCAGCAAACACUUUCAUGAGAUCUGGGUUUGGUGCUUCAUUCCCAUUAUUUGCUGGAUAUAUGUUCAAUGGUAUGGGUAUCGGAUGGGCUGGUUUAUUGUUGGGUUUGUUCGGUCUAGCUAUGGUCCCCGUUCCAUUGAUCUUAUUGAAAUAUGGGCCAACUAUUAGAAAGAGAUCUAAAUAUGCCUUCUCCAUGUGA